CUUGGUAGCGAUGUGCAACUUCUGUUUCCUGGCUCCCUGCCCCGAUGUGAAUUUUUUCCCAAAACUGUGGAUGUUCAGUUAACAUUCGAGUUUAUGCAAUCACUAUUGCAGAUAUAUUAUUUUCUCCUCGUUCAAUAUUCGCGAACAAGAGGGAUAAAAUGAUAUCUGCGGCAGUGAGUGACUGCUAAAACGCGAUGCACUCUCUCCCGGUUGGGGAUCGCGAAACUCCAGCACCCAGCGAGUGUCUAGACUGUCUAGUAUUAUUAUACUUUCAGUGGUCCCAUUGGUGUGUUUCUCUCUCUCUCUGCUGACUCCGCUCCAGCACUCUCCAGAGUACUCUGCAAUCCUAGCCUUCUCUUUACACUUUUGUUAUCGGGUCUUUUCUCUGGCAUUACUGCAGCCGAUAACCCCUCGAGGCCGAGGCCUCGUUCCGCAUCGCGACGUCCGCAGCAUCGUAUUUAUACACGACUGUGACUCCAGCUGAUCCGCGCGCGAGGGCGAGAUGUCGUUGAUCAGGACGUUGUGGAGGUGCACGUUUAGUCCGCGGCUUUUUAAGAUUUACGAGGUAACGUGGGCCGGUCUGGUUGACAAAUCGUACGAGGCGAGGAGCUUGGAGCGAUGGGGCGAUCAAAUCGUGAUCUCCUUUGCGGCGAUAUGGUCGAUAAGCCUCUACGCCGUACCAGUCAUCGCCAUGAUCGCCAUGUAUCAUCGUGGCUAUUCCCUGACAGAUAACGCUUCGUACCUGAGCAAGUGGGCUGCCAGCGCCGGUGCGAUUCUCGUCGCCUCGUUGGCCGCACGCGGUUACUCCAGAGUCAACAAUCCACAGUAUGUGAAGUUCGUGGAGACCUUGAAUGAGGCCCACUUGCAUUACAAUGCGAGCGCAAAGCAGGAGCUUCACAAGUACGAUUUUGAAUUCUGGGCAUGGCCUGUGGAAUUUAAUGUGUCGAAAUUAAGUGACACAGCAGAUAAAUUGACACUAGAAAAAAUUGCAAAGGCUAGUGGGCGUCUCAGGCGACAAAGUGGCAAAGAAUUUUUAUUUGCUAUACCAUGUAAAUUACUUUCUUAUGUGGUAGCGCACACUUUCGCGGGUAAACUGAUUUAUCCUGGCAGCGUGUCUUUCGUCGGCUGGGCAUUCGGUUCUACACUGGCAAAGGGAAGGGCAGAUUUGAUAAAGCAGGGUGGAGAAAGAUAUAAGUUGAUGACUACCGAUAAAAAUCAAAUUGAUGCGAUGUUCGUUGAUCGACGGAACAAAAGUGCUAACGGCAAUAUGUUGGUCGUAAUCUGCGAAGGAAACUGUGGUUUUUAUGAGACAGGCAUGAUCUCCACUCCUCUGACCAAGGGCUAUUCGGUGCUGGGCUGGAAUCAUCCGGGUUUCGGCGGCAGUACCGGUGCGCCAUAUCCGGAGCAGGAGGAAAACGCAGUCGACUGUAUAAUGCGCUUUGCGAUCGAGCAUCUAAAGUUUCCCGAGGAGCGGAUCAUCCUGUACGGUUGGAGCAUCGGGGGCUACACCGCCACCUGGGCCGCUAUGAAUUAUCCCUCUAUCCACAGCUUGGUUUUAGACGCUACAUUCGAUGAUAUACUUCCGUUAGCUAUUAAAACAAUGUCACCGUCCCUAGAAGGUUUAGUCCGCAACAUAAUCAGAGAUUACUUCAAUUUAAAUAUAGCAGAACAAUUGAAUAGGUAUAACGGAACCGUAUUAUUAGUGAGAAGAACAGACGACGAGAUCCUCUGUAUACCUCAUAACAGUCUAGCUGGAAAUCGCGGCAAUAUGUUGCUGAUGAAAUUACUUCUUAGACGUUAUCCCCAUCUAUUUUCCGAAACCUCCGAGUCUGGGACAGUUCUAUCGAGGUUCUUAUCCGCCGAAGCGUCCGAUAGAACAUCGAUAUUGGAGUCGUUCAAUGUUGAGGAGAAACAUUGCCUACAAUUGAUAGCGUCUAAUAUACGAAGUGAUGAUGGAGUGAUAAAUUAUCCGAGCACUCUGGGGCAAAAUUGUAAUAUUAGGACAAAAUCACAGUUGAUUCUCUUCCUCGCAACAAUGUAUAUGCAGGAUCAGUCGACGUCACACUGUCUCCCACUGUCUGUCGAUCUCUUUCAUCCAGGUUGGGAUCCAGCAUCCGCCAUUGCUGUAGAAUAGCUUUCACAAUAAACUUAUAUUUUGAACAUCGGCACGAGCUUCCCAAGAGAUUCUUAUUCAUAAAGUACAUUAUGAACAAGUGAAAGCGAUAAUAAUAGUCCAAUUUCGUGUUAACUAGCACACAUACACACAAACGUUAUUUAUUCCAUAUUAAUCUAUAAUCAAUCUUACAAAUUUUUUUUUCGUGUAAAUGUUACACACUAGAUAUCAUUUUAUAAAUUUAUAAACAUUUUGUAGUUGAGUUGCAAUAGUUAUUUGCGUUUUUUAAAUUGAUUACACGCGUCGCAUAUCACCUAGUACUGCUUUGUAUAAAAUUCAUUUGUAUUACAAUAUACAUAUUAAAAAAAUUGAUUCUUAA